UUCUUCCUUAUUUCUCUCCAUAAUCUCCGAACGUGAACACGCCCCCCACUUCUCUUAGCACCUCUUCCAUCAUUAUAUCUUCAACUAUCAGCAACCCCUUCUUUCUCUAUCUCUCUCCUCUCACCUUUCCUUUAACCGCCGAAAACAUUUUCCGCCUUCUCAAUCUUUUCAUUACUUCAUCGACAAACAUGGCCGAAGAUUUGGAUGACGGAGAGUUCUGGCUUCCUUCUCGAAUUCUCACCGACGAUGAUAUUCAUAUGGAUUUUGAUUUCUCUGCUUCCGGCCCUAAGUUGUGUUUGGGUUUGGGUGAUAGCUCGUCAUCUGCUUCGGAUUUGGAGUUGACAUCUGGCUCUACCGAAACCGAGAGCGACGAAGAGGAUAUUCUACUCCUCGGGUUAACUCAUCAGUUGGCUCGCUCCGACGUUUCGGAUUCUUCAUGUCCGGUUCAUUUUAAGGGUUAUGUGCUGUCAAGUUCGCCGCAAUCAACGUUGUGCGGGUGUUUGUGCAACCAAGGUUCAAGCCGGGAAAGCCUAAGCGGUCCGGUAUCACCGCCGCAACCGCCACCACAAGAUAACAACGACUUAAAAAAGGACGCCAGUAACGCGACGUUGGAUUUGCUGAAUAAGGCGGCCGGUGAAGUUGCUCGAUUGAAGAUGAGGAAUGAAAAAAGUAUCGGAACUGGAUUCUUCGAUUGCAGUCAAAAAGGAGUUUUGUACCCUCCUCCCCUUACAAAACCCGAACACCUCCCUCCUAUUUAUUAUCGACCCCAAUUCCACCAUUAUCCUCCGAUGUUUUGGGCGCCGUCAAAUGGUGUUCAGUACAUUCAACCAAAGCAGCAGCCGCCACCACCAACACCACCACCAACAAACAGGGCAAUAAAGAAUAGCAACACCAAUAACAGCAGCAACACCAAUCCACCUCUAGGGUUGCCGCUUUCUGCUUGGCCUUUACCGAAGCCCCGGGGCCAAACCCAAACCCAGACCCAGCCUAUGCCGGCUCCACCGAUUUUCGUUGGGCCAAAGAGGGAAUGUACUGGUACGGGUGUCUUCUUGCCCCGCUGUGUCACCAUAUCCCCUAGCGAAACCCGGAAGAAAUCUGAUGGGAACUUGACAAAGUCGUUGAAAAGUGGAAAAGGUUCUCAGUCACAGUCAAACCACCGACGAAACGCUCGUACGACGACGACGACCACAACACCAACUAAAACAACGGUGAAUCAUAAUGAGAUCCAGCUGCCACAAGAGUGGACCUAUUGAGAAAUUUGAAACACCCUUUCCUCCUGUUUUCCUGGGUGUUUUGUUACUGAUAAGGAAGAAUUGUUUGUUUCUUCAGUUGUGGUAGUAGUUGGUAGAUGAUGACGACAAAGACAGAGACAAAGACGAUGACAAAGGGCGACCAGUAGUGAUGAAAAGGAUUAGCAAAUUUUAGGAUUAGUAAUAUAGACUAAUAAUAAUAAUAGGAAUGAUGCGUGAAGAAAAAUAAGGGGUGUUUGAAUAAUUUACAGAUUUGGUGAUCAGGUAUUUCUGGCCUCCAAUGAUAAACAUAAAAAUAAAAUUAUAGGAAUAUGGUUAUUAAGUUUAAGCUUCAUGGGUGGAUGUUUUCUUGUAUCCCAUGGAGUUUGUCGGCAUAAUAAAAGUCGGGGGUAUAAUUUUUUUUUCUUCUUUUUGCUGGUGAUCUACUUUUCCAGAUAGUAAUAGAAGUAGUAGUAGCGGUGAUGGUGUAUUAAUCCAUAGCCCUACCAUUUUAUGGUGUUUUUUUUUUUCUUGUUUGUGUUUGGUUUUGUGUUGAAAUUGAUGUUCAACCUCUCUGCAAAAUUGCGGAGGGGCAAAAUCAAUAAAAACUGCUGCUAUUGCUAGUA